GCGGAAGGAACUUUUCUUGGAUGCUUUUCAGACUCUAUUUUGAAGGUUUCAAGACAGUGAAUAGAAGUCCGGAAAGAAAUAUAUGGGCGAAUCAGUUGUUUUUUGGCACUAUAUCUGAGAUAGAAACUUAGAUUUCGUCAAAUUUAUUUAUUUAUAACACACAGCACUUUAACAGUUGAAAUUUCAGGUGUUUCAUGUACAAUUUUCUAUCACAUCGUUUAAUUUCUGAGAAGGACCAUGUUGGAUUGAUAACAAGAUAAAUGAUAUAUGUUUGGUGCAUUUGUGGAUACGGAAAGUUCACUUUAGUUCAGAAUAAUGUGGGAGGGGGAGACUUUGGAGUUUGUCUCCCAGAAUCUUCAUGCUCAACAAGCGUUGCUGGACGUCUUUGAAAAUGGUGGCAACAUUCAUAGAACGGAGUGUGUGGUGAAUGAAGUGGAUGUAGGUCAGCCCUGCUUAGCCUGUGAGGACAAGUGCACCGGCUUCAAGUCCCAUGAAUGGAGGAGUACGUGUUCCGUGUGCCGCUGUCCAAGGGAGCUCCAUGACAUCUACAACGACAACUUUGUCAAUGUUCGAGACCGCCUCGGCUGGCGCCGUGACGACGACCCUCAGACGCACUCGACGAAGGAGCAGACACUACGACAUGGGUACUCCUGGGUACCAGCCGGGCUGACUAGAGAUGAGAUUGAAGAGUACAUGGAACAGCUUCCAAACCACAAAGUCCCGAAACUGAACUCGCCCGGGGAGAAGUACAGGGACAUACAGUUAAUAUACCAGCUGCCCAAACAGGACCUCUCCAGCGAGUACUGCAAGUCACUUGAGACUUCCAUGGAGAUGAAGGAGUUUAAAGUGUUCAGAGAGCUACGAGACAGCAUCGCCAUGGACAUGGGGGUCGUGAAACCUGCUCAAAACAACACAAGUUGCAGCAACUGCAGUGGUGAGAUCGAAGGCGGGGAGCUAGUGGUUGUCGCCACAAAGCUCAGCACGGACGUCUGCUACCACCCGGCAUGUUUCGUGUGCUGCACGUGCGAGGAGCUACUGGUCGACCUCACGUAUUGCCAGCACUCGCGCAGGCUAUACUGCGAGAGGCACUACGCCGAGCUGAUACGCCCGCGUUGUCCCGCCUGUGAUGAGUUGAUAUUUUCGGCUGAGUACACAAAGGCGAUGGACCAGAACUACCACAAGGAUCACCUGGCGUGCAAGAACUGCGACAAGAAACUGAUUGCUUGCCGCUACAUCCUCAAGGAAGAGCACCCUCACUGCAUCCCCUGCUACCAGGAGCUCUUCGCACACAACUGUGAGGAGUGCAAGAAACCCAUCGGCCCAGACUACAAGGACCUGUCCUACAAGGAACAUCACUGGCAUGAGUUCUGUUUCAAGUGCUUUGAAUGCGAGAAAUCACUGGUGGAUCAGCCGUUUGCGCCGAAGAAUGAGCGCAUCUUCUGCGCCGACUGUCAUGACAAUAACUUUGCUGCCAGGUGUGAUGGAUGCACGAAGCCAUUUAAAGGAGGUAUGAAGAAGUUUGAGUACAAGGGAAAGCAAUGGCAUGAAGAAUGCUUCACAUGCAUGGUGUGCAGUGAGCCAAUCAGAAACAAGAGCUUCAUCCCCCGUGAUGAGCAAGUCGUCUGCGUGCCCUGCUAUGAGAGGGACUUUGCCCAGAAGUGCACCAAGUGUAGCGGGGUGAUCAACAAAGGGGGCGUGGCGUACAAGAACAUGCCAUGGCACCGUGAGUGUUUCACCUGCACCAACUGCAACAAGGAGCUGGCCAAGGAGAAGUUCACGUCAAAGGAUGACAAGCCGUAUUGCGCCGACUGCUAUGGGGACAUGUUUGCCAAGAAGUGCUGCCGAUGCACCAAGCCCAUCACUGGUUUCGGAGGAACGAAAUUCAUUUCGUUUGAAGAGCGUCACUGGCACAGCGAUUGUUUCGUCUGCUACAAGUGUGAUGCCUCCAUGGUAGGGCGCGGUUUUCUGGUCAACGAAGGAGAUAUUCUUUGCCCUGAGUGUGGCAGAAAUUAAAACCAACACUUUUUGUCUCAAAACACUUAUCCUAUCUAGGUAAUUUAAUUUAAUGAAAUUAACUACUUUGUAUUUAUAGCACAUCCCAUCUUGUUUGUCGACUUGUUUGCAAAUAAUGAAACUUUAAAUAAAAAUGGAGAAAAGAUGUUAUUUUGUUUGUAGAAAAAAAUACCAGUUAAACUUGAAAUAAAAAUGGAGAAAAGGUGUUAUUUUGUUUGGAGAAAAAAAUACAAGUAUACUGCUUGUAGAAAACAUGAUAGAUUGAGAGUAUUAAAUCAUGCUGCAAACAUUUUUAAAUCAAUAUAUUUCCAGAAUGACUUACUUCAUUGUGUAUCUGAUCACAUUUGUUUUUCAUUUGUUAACUAUACAAAUAAUGUAUAUGAAAUUAAAUUAAUUCUUCAGUGUAAUUAAUACUGUACAUAUUUUGUGUUUGUCAAGAGGUUCAUUAUUUUAAAGAAUGCAGUCAAACGAGCUCUGUUUUUAUGGGUAAUGUAUGCUUAAGUUGUUGGUGCUUUGGUGUACGUACACAUUUGUCAGAAAAGCAAUAAUUAUCACUUGUUUCUUGUCACAUUAGUUGCAUGGUGCUUUUUAAUAAUAGCAUAUGAUAUGUAAUGUGUUAUAUAUGGUUGAGGUGUCUUUUGAAAACAAGCACUGAUUUUUACAUUCUGACCUGGAGAAUAAUUUGAAACAUUAUUUGUCUGCAGUUAAUUGGGAAAAAAUGUGCUCUAACUUUUAUAAACAUUUUUAUAACUAUCACUUGUUAUUAAGCUUUUUAAGAUUUUAAUGUAUAUAUUAAUAUUUUUUAUAUAGAUAUGCCUGCUAAACACCAGUGAUUUUCCACAUAAAUGAAAUGAAUUAUUUGAUUUUUUUUUAUUGGACACAAAAUUGUAAACAUUUUACAGACUGCAAAAAGAUUGUCUUUCACUAUUUAUUUGAAUCUCGUUUUGUAAAGUGACACAAUUAUAUAAUAUAUGUAGGAUUGAAUUGUAGAACAAGUUGAUUAGCAUAUUAAUAAUUAGAUUAGGUUAUUAAAAUUAAGAAAAUGCAAACUACUUACAUGAUGUAUACGAUUUUAUAUACAAAAAAUAAUCUAAAUUAAAAUUAAGAUACAUAAAGGGAAUUUUGGAAGAUUGUAAAUUAUUUAAUAGACGUACUGAAUGAAUAAUUCUUCAUAUUUAUUGUGAAUUUUUAAUACAAGUUGUUAUUAACUAAUGUCAGAUAUUAAAUUGUUGAAUUGGUCAAGUUUUUUUUAUUUUCAAUACAAGUUGUUACUAACGUUCGAUAUUAUUUUGUUGAAUUGGUCAAGUUGUAUUAUGUAUAGUUUUACGGCGUUAAAGCUAUUAUUUGUACAGUAGGACUGUUUGUUUUGGAAUCUGAAGAAAUUACAAGUUGUUUGAAUGAUAUAAUCUAUUUGAAUAUACUUAUUGGUGAUUUGUGAUUUUAGCUUAGAUGAAGCAUAUUAUUAUGCAAGUUAUACUUGAACAGUUUAGUUAAUUUAACGGUUGUUUGGAGAUUUUUAUGCCCCCCUUCGAAGAAGAGGGGGUAUAUUGCUUUGCACAUGUCGGUCUGUCGGUCGGUCGGUCCACCAGGUGGUUUCCGGAUGAUAACUCAAGAACGCUUGGGCCUAGGAUCAUGAAACUUCAUAGGUACAUUGAUCAUGACUCGCAGAUGACCCCUAUUGAUUUUGAGGUAACAAGGUCAAAGGUCAAGGUCACAGUGACCCGAAAUAGUAAAACGGUUUCCGGAUGAUAACUCAAGAACGCUUAGGCCUAGGAUUAUGAAACUUGAUAGGUAGAUUGAUCAUGACUCGCAGAUGACCCCUAUUGAUUUUCAGGUCACUAGGUCAAAGGUCAAGGUCACGAUGACCCGAAAUAGUAAAAUGGUUUCCGGAUGAUAACUGAAGAGCGCUUAUUCCUAGGAUCAUGAAACUUGAUAGGUAGUAAACUUGAUAGGUAGAUUGAUCAUGACUCGCAGAUGACCCCUAUUGAUUUUCAGGUCAAAGGUCACUAGGUCAUGGUGACCCGAAAUAGUAAAAUGGUGUCUGGAUGAUAACUCAAGAACGCUUAUGGCUAGGAUCAUGAAACUUCAUAGGUACAUUGAUCAUGACUGGCAGAUGACCCCUAUUGAUUUUCAGGUCACUAGGUCAUAGGUCAAGGUCACAGUGACAAAAAACAUAUUCACACAAUGGCUGUCACUACAACGGAGAGCCCAUAUGGGGGGCAUGCAUGUUUUACAAACAGCCCUUGUUAUUGUUAUAUUUAGAGCAAUUUAACAUCAACAGCCAUGGUAAUGAAUGCAUUUAUCUUGAAAGACAGCUGGAAUGGUAUGUGGUUGAAAAAACAUACAUUGAACAGAUUUUUUCUCUUUAACAUAUCUGAUUAAGUGCUGUUAUACAUAGACAUGAUAAAGGUCAACAACUUCGGUGAAGAAAAGUUUCACAAGGCAUUCAAUUAAAGAAAUAAUGAGGCCAUCAGUUGAUGAAUAAUAACUUUAUGAUCAUUCCUAUUGUCAUUAUUCACAUGGCUUCCCAAACAGCAUCUCUUUUUUUCUCUUCAUAAUGCACCAGUUAAAUUUCAAAUUACCAGUACUAGAAAGUUUAUUUUACUAUAAAUGUUAUUGUUAAAUGGAGAGAAACAAGACUGGUUUGUAAAAAACAUAGUGAACCAAUGGCUUUAAUUGUAUUAAAUUUCCAUAUAAAAUACUCACCAUGCAACAAUAGGGUCUUAUUACAUUUACAAUACACUAUUUAUAAUUUAUAUAUAUAUAUAUUUAUAAUACCUUGUAAAUUAACAAACAUUUCUGCUUUAUUUAAAUCGACAUCUUCGACAAUUUAUGAGACCCUUCAAUCAAGUUGUAAGGUAUUUGGUUGAGACUAUCACCGCUACCACUUUACCCUCUCCCACUUUGAAGCAAAGUGAAAAUGGCUAUGUGCAAACAGCAUAAAACUAGAACAGCCUGCGAGUAACUCACAGUCUGUUCAGGUUUUAUGCUGUUAGCUGCUCAUCAGAAUCUAAGGGCUGAAAAUGAAGCCUUUAAAACUUGAAUCUAGUAAGAAAGGCCUUGUGAAUCUACAUGCAUUUGUAAUAUGUAUUCAACAAGUUGUAUAAGGUGCCAAAUGGAAAUAAAUUUGUUAGAAUUUCA